UACAAACCAGAAGAAGAACAGGAAACGUCAGCACCAGCACACUCUUCAGAAAUGAGAAAGACAUGAGUCACAUGAGAACACAAUAUUAUCAACCACAGCUUUAAAUGGGCGAGUUAAAGGCAACAGGAGUGGAUCAAGCAGUGGGCAUGAGUCUGGUGGUCUUCAGCCUUGUGCUGUUUACAUAUUACUCUGUGUGGGUCAUCGUCCUGCCUUUCGUGGACAGCGGUCAUGUGCUGCACCAAUACUUCCUUCCUCGGGAGUAUUCAGUCAUUCUGCCGGGCAUCGCAGCAGUAAUACUGCUCCUCUGUAUAGGGGCCUUCACUGCAGUUAUUAUGUGGAAGAGUCGCAAACCAAAGAAAGUGGACUAAUCUCAGGACGUUAGCAUGACUGUCGUUGAAUAAAUAAUGUGAAAACUCCCUCGACCAAUCACACCUUGGGUCUCUAAAAAACUCCCCCUGAAAGGUUUCUAUUUACUAGGUUCAUUCUGUUGUAAAGAAGAGAUUUAUUUUACAUCUAGUUUCUACUAUUUGGUCGGUUUGUUAUAGAAAAUAAAUCUGUUUUAAAAACCAUUAUGUUUCUAUUUUAAAGUAGAAUAUUUGUGUUGAUAGCAAACAGAGACUGCAUCAGGGUUGUCCAGUUUUUCCUGGACAACCCUGGGAAGAAGAACUUUAAAGGAGCAACAUGUAACUCUGAUACCUAGUGUUUAAAAUGGGUUUAAUAAUUUAAUUUGCAGUCCAAAUUCUAAACAUCAUCGAGAGCUGUCUCUCCCCCUCGGUUUGUCAGAUCAUACCAAAACGGCCGUGUGGGGGUGCCUUAAACCCGCCUACCUUCUUUGGUCCAAACAAAUCCAGAUCAUUCAGGACCAGAAUCUAAAGUUAGAAGGAGGACAUACUGGCUGCUGCAUUGUUGUCAGAGAAGCCAGCACUUCAACAUAGCAUGUUUCCUUAAUGUCUGAUCAGAUAGUAAGCUCACUUUAUCAUUUAGUUCAGUAGAUGUCUUACAUGUUGCUCCUUUAAUGGUCACAGUGAAUAUUUGGCACUUUUGAAGGCUUUUUGUUUAUCCAGUAGUUUUGAUAGACUCACAGAUGCAGAUUGUUUGAUCUGCUGUUUUCAUGUCUUAGGUAAUUAAGGGAGUUUAUAAAUUUCAUGUCCAAACACUUCACUCCUGUUUUGAAAAUUUCCUCGACAUACACCCCUGUAUACGGCGUUGUUUCCCAUGACCACAUGGCCCAGUUUGGAGUCUAUCAAGUGUCGACUUUCUCCGUUCCUCAGAAAGUAAAGGAUUAAAUAUUUCCACUUGAGCAGAAUGUCAUCCUUUGUUUUUGUUUUUGAGUGACUCAGUUUGUUUCUUCGUCAUAUACUUUAACUCUCUCGGAUUCUCUUGAAGCAGAAUAUUUCCUCUUAUCUUGUGACUGAUUGUAAAUGUGUAACAGAUGAAACCCCAGACGGAGUUAAUGGGCAUACCCAAAUCUCUGUUUAUGGCUCAUAAACGUUUUAGUUAUACAACCUUUUUGGUCCACAAACUACCCACAAUGCAUCAUCAUUCUCUGUUGAGUUUCACCAUUUUCUCUGGAUUUGAAAAGAAUACUUUUUGUUGUGAAUAUUUUCUGUCCUCAAAUCUUGCAUUGAACAUUUUUUUUCUUCUACAUUCUGAGCAAUAAGGGUAUAAAAAGUAGAAAGUGGAGCGUGAGUCACAAUGCAUCAUGGGUCUUACAUACUGUAAAUAAUGGGACACGUCAUUUUUUGAAAAUGUGAUUGGUGUUAAAAGUUAAAUGCUUUGACUAAACCAGCGUUCUGUCCAUCAUGAACUCUAGCAAGGCUGAAAAUGUGUGUAUAAUAAAAAUUAUCAGAAGCUAAA